CGAUUCCAUUCCUUUCUAAAACAUCUCAAGUACUCGGCACGAUGGUGGAAAAGAAGCGUAAAGCAGGCUCACAAGAGAGCGAAAGGCCUGCCAAAAAGAGCCAGACCAACAAAGUCAAGGUCACUCACUUGUCGAGUGCAGACAUCGCCAAACCAGUCGUCGCACACUCUCCCGGCGUCGACCUCCCGUCAGACGUAUCGUUCGAUGCCUAUUCCAAGAAAUCCGCCUCGGGCCAGCAGUCCACCCUGCUCCUCCAGUCCUCCACACAUCCAACGAUAGACUACCUAGCGACAGAAAGCAGCACCACAUCCAUUGGCGACAAACACGUGAAACAAUACAUUGCCAUCUUCGACCCGUCGACGAACAAUCUGAGCGUGAUCCCUGCCAAAAAGAUGACGGUCCGCUCCAGCGUGCGCCAACUCCCCUCCGCCUCGACCGACGACUCCGCCGCAGCAGACGCUUCAGACGCGGACGCAGACGCAGACGGCGAACCCUCAACCAAACCACCACCACCACCGACACCGUCCUCCCGCGCCGCUCUGACCGAAGCCUUCGGGACCAAGAAAUCGAAGAAGGCCGUAGCAGCCAUCGCCGAGAACCGCCUCCUGGCCCGCAGCGCGGACACCAACGCCAACGACCCUCUCUCCAGCGCCAUCCUCUCCUCCAUCCAAGAAGACGACAACAACGCAGACCCAUCCCUCUCCCUUUCGACCUCGACCUCGACCCCAGACAGCCGCGCCAACAAACCCCUUCCCCAACCCGACCUCACCGCCACCGACAUCAACCAAUUCUACCCGUUAUCCUCGCUCAUCUUCCCGGGCCCUCCGCGCACCACGCUCUCCCAGAUGCCCAUCGCCGCCUGGCGCGACCGAAUCUCUUCCGGCAAAGAAAUCCAAAGCCGCUUCCGCUACAUCGCCCACCGCGUCGCCGGCCUGGUCCAACUGCACAUCAACCACCCCGACGACCGCUCCGUGCUCGAGAAGCUCCAAAUCCUCCGCUACAUCCAACUCCUCCUCGAACUGCACACGUACAUAUCCCGACUGCCCAGCCGCAAUCGGGCGAUCCCACCUCCGGAGAAAUGGCCCGCAAACACGACCUCGGACACGUCCCUCAGCGCGGCCUUCCAGUACAAACUCGUCGGCGCUUUGUUCCCGUCGUACCUGCCCACGAACCAGGCAAAGACGCUCUUGAUCACCACGAUCCUCGCCCUGACGCUACACGUCCCGCCGCCGAAGUGGGCUCCAGGCCAAGAAUUGAGCGUCCUCAUCACCGAGCCAAGCGAUAUCCAUCUCGACCUGGCACUGCCGGGGGCGGAAGUGACCAAAUACUUCCGCGAAUUGGGAUGUAGAUUGGAGAGUUUAAGCGAUGCUGAGUUGACCAGAUAUGGCUGGGAGAAGGUGGGCAAAGCUCGGAAAAAGGUUGAUUCCGAAGGCAAGGAAAUCACCAUUCCCAAGGCAAAGUUCGCGAAGCUCAGGUUUCCGGUCGAGUUUCCCAAGAUCAGUGCGGGACGGCCGGGCAGGAGGUAAAGGACAUUAGUUGACAAAUAUCGGUUUAUUCGGGAGUUGUAGUCUUCUGUCAUCUUUUCUUCCAGGACAAAGCCUAUGACGAGCCAGGUGUCUCAUUAAAAAGGAUCCAAAGUGCAGCUGGAUAGAAUGGGUAGCCAGAUGCUUUGCACCAUCCCAAGCAAGACUAUUAGACUGUGCAACGCGGUAUGACCAAUGUGCUCCACUACGGUAUUGGAAUAUCGAGACGAGAGCAAUCACAAGCACACUAUCUGCAGAAGAUCGAAGUA